AAUAAAGAAAAAAAGAAUACGAAGUUUGCGUUAGAUCCAAGACAGACGCAUUUUCCCACUACCCAAACACACGGAAAGGAAGAAAAUAAAAAAAGAAAUAAAAAAAGAACACAGAGAGGAAAUUUCCCUUUGAAACCAAUCCAAACCAAUUGCUUCACAAAAUCCCUAAUUCCAACUUUCUCGGCAGAUCCAGCUAGCCGUGGAACCAUAAUUAGGAUUAAUGGUGAUUGAGACUGGGGGGAGGUGAUUCGAGAGUCCAUAGUAUUGGACUGAUAUCGGAGUGGAUUGGAUGGACAAGAACAAGAACCGAACCGAUCUGCUUGCCGCGGGCAGAAAGAAGCUUCAACAAUUUCGCCAGAAAAAGGAUAAUAAAGGGACUGCAAGCCAAGGAAAAUCCACAAAAAAGUCUGGCAAAUCAGAGCAGUGGGAACCUGAUGCCGAUGUCGAGUCAACUGUUGCUAAACCUACAUCCCCGUCUUCGGUCCCGGAAGGGGAAGUUGCAUCGAGUGCUGACUCUGUGGAGAAUGUGGCACCUGACCCUCAUGUUGCUGUAGACGAUCUAUCUGCAGUGCCCAGUGCUCAGGAGUCUAGUGUCAAUGAAAUGCUAAUGUCUGGCAAUGAGUUACCAACACCAAGGGCGGGCGAUGGUGAGCUUGACGUUGAUUCUCUACCCCAAAAUGAAGGGGCAGAUGCUGUAACGGCAGAUGUUGAGGUGGCAAGAGUUAAGCCUCUGGUUGAUUCAGAUUCUAUCAAUUCCGGAGGGGAAACCAAUUACAGUCAUCCAACUGUACCGGUUGAUUUGAUAAUGCAACCUGCAUCAGUUGAUUCUACACUAGUAGCAGUUACUGCUGAAUCUGAAGAUAAGUCAAUGCCUCUACGGGAGGAUACUCCUCGUACAUCCUUGACGCCGGCGAGGGAUGAUCAGGAAGCUGAUGGUUUGCAGGGCAGACACUCUGAUCAUAACGGUGAAAUAAAGCUCGACGGAGAUAACAAGCUUCCUUUGUCCAAGGUUGGUGGGAGUGCGGAAGCUAUUUUGGGGACGUCUCUAGCAGAGUCUAGCGUGAAUGCAUCAUGUGAAACUGAGCAGAUUAGAAUGAUAGAUGAAGUAUCCACUUCAGAUGGUGCAAACAUGUCAGAUGAUCUCUCAGGUUCUGCACUGGUUUCAUCUAAGGCAAAUAUUUCAAGCGUUAGUCCUGCUGAAGUAGAACAGCAAAGCUCAAGUGCUAUGCUAGCUUCAAUUGAUGAAGAGAAGUCUGAACCAUCAUUUAGGUCUGAUGAAUUUGGAGAACGAAAAAGAGAUGAGGUUGAAGAUGGUACAGGAUAUGAGAGAGUUGCAGAGGGGUAUAAUCAGCAACAUAGGUUGGACAAUGAUGAAAAGCCUAUGGAAACCAAUUUGGCGAGUUCAGCCAUUGGGUUGAUUACGUCUCCUUGUCCAGAUUUGAGCUCGAUCAGUCUCCCUCAGCUCAUAGACUUGUUUAGGGGGCUUAGUGAAGAAAAGUAUGUUCUUCUACUUAAGUCGAGAGACCUGGUUUCCAGUCGAGAACUUGGGGCUAAUAAUUUGACAAUACCAGACAAUGGUACUCGACAUCUAUUGGAGAGGCUCAAAGAAGAACUGUUUCUCACAAAUUUUACAAAAGAUAUUUUUCAGUUGCAACUUGCUGAACACUCUAAUCUACAAGUGGAAUUUGAUCACGAGUUUCAUCAAUCACAAAAAGAAAUAUGUCGGCGUAAUGAUUUGCUAAAAGAAGUCACUACAGAGAACCAGUGUCUUACAGAAGAGCUUUCUCAGUGCAGGCAUGAACUCCAGGCUUCUCUUAGUGCAAGGGAGGAGCUCCAAAACCUAUUUCAUACAUCGAAAGCUGAGGUUGAAGAAUUAUCUGCUAGAGCACAUGAGUUGCAGAUCCAUCUGGAGAGGUCACAGGGGGAUUUGUUGAGCUUGUCAACGGAGUUAGCUGACAGCAAGCAGUUGGUGGCAUCUUUACAGGUGGAAAAUGAAAAUUUGAAUGCUACUAUUGCUUUAGUCACUGAAGAGAGAAGGACACUCGGCAAGGAAAAAGAUUUUUAUUUUGAGGAGAAUAAGAAGCUUCUAACAGAGUUAGAUGACUGCAAGAAAUCAGUGGCUGCUCUACAGUUGGAAAACUCCAACUUAACUACUGAUUUGUCUUCAGUGGCAGCAGAGAAAAAGAUGCUUGAUGAGGAGAAGGAAAACUUGUCCCGUGAGCAUGAGAAGCUAUCUACAGAAUUUGCUGACAUUAAGGAACUGGGCUUAGCUUUGCAGCAGGAUAAUUCUAGUUUAAGGGAGAGCCUCACUCUUGUAACAGAAGAGAGGAAGAAGCUUGAAGAUGACAAGAAGUCUUUUGCUCUUGAGAGUGACAGACUUUCGUCAGAACUACUUAUUCUUCAAGAGCAAUCAUCCAAUGAAAAAAGGGAACGAGAGAGGGUUGAGGUUGAACUGAAAGAAGUUACAAUGCGCCUUGAACAACUAACAAAGGAAAACAGUGUUCUUUUGAGCAGUUUGGACAUUCAUAAAGAAACUCUAAUAGAGGCUGAUAGCAACAGACUUGAAAUGCAUGUUCAAAGCAGGGAAUCUGUGCAUCAGGUUGAAAUUUCAGAAGCACGAAGAGAGGACGAUGAAAAUGCAAUUGUUGGCGAGGAUUCUUUUGGUAUUUUGGGGAAGCAAGUCCCUGAAGUUUGCUCUUCUUCUGUUCAGAAGCCUCUAUGUGAUGGCAAUUCAACACGAACAUUCCAUGUUUUUGUUGAGAAAGAAGGUUUUUAUGAUUCCUUAUGCGUCGUUGCCUUGAAGGGACACUUAGAGGAGAUGGAGAAGACAUUGCAUCAACUUGAAAAGGAUAUUGAACGGGUUCACACCUUUUCUGCAUCAUUUAGCAAGCCAGGUGGCAAGUUGCCUGCACCUGCGGUGUCUAAACUGAUUCAGGCUUUUGAGUCAAAGGUGCAUAUUGAUGAACAUGAAGCAGAGGAAAUGCCUUUAACUGAAAAUAAAUCAACAGCGGGAGAUCCAUUUGUCUUGACGAAAGAGGAAAUUAAAACCUUGAGAGCACUAUAUGAGCAUUUAGUUGUGGAUGUUGCAGAUGCCUUUGUAAUGUUAAAGGGUGAACGUGAUGGUCGGAGAACCGCCGAAGUCAGUGUUGGGGAGCUGAAAGAUCAGUAUGAGGCCUUGGAGGACCACAGCAAAAAUUUGGAAGCAUCCAACAUUGAGCUUGCAGUUCAAUGUGAAGUAAUAAAACAACAUGGGAGCAGUGUUGAAGCGACAAACAAUGAACUUGUGGUUUUAUGUGAAGCUACUAAAAAGGAAGUUGCUUAUCUCAAGAUAGAAAACACCGAAUUUGGUUCAAAGCUACGUGCAUAUGAAUUGAGAAUUGGUGAUUUACAGAGGCAAUUGUAUGAUUUACAACAAACUUCAAAUGAGAAAACAGCUGUGAUCAGUACUCGCUUGGAAGAUCUUCAAAAAGAAGUUUCUGAAAGGGUAUUAAUGCUUGAAAAAGAUUGGAAUUCUAUUCUUGCUCAGGUUGUUGAAAUAGUCCAGAAGCUUGGUGAAUCGGUUGGGAACUUCAGUUUAACAGUCUCAGCCGUUGAUAAUGGAUCGGAUGUAGUUAGCCUUGUUGCUGCUGCAGUCAAUUCUACCACUAAAGUGAUUGAAGAUAUGCAGAAGAAGCUUGAAGCUGCUCACACCGACUAUGAAGUAAUUUGCACAUCUUACAAAGAAGUGAACGUGAGGUGUGAUGAUUUGCAUCAGAAGAAUGAUAUUGCUUUUGGCAUAUUGCAUGACAUACAUGGUAACCUUAGAAAACUUGUGCGUUUGCAUGGAUCUGUGGAUGAAAGUGAGAUAAGCACCGAAAAUGAGAAGCUUCUAGAUCCUCUAGAUUAUCGUAGCUACGAGACUUUUAUGGGACAGCUGGAGCAUUUUCUGAGUGAGAGAUUGGAGCUUGAAUCUGUUAUCAAGAACUUAAAUUUGGAGUUGAUGGAAAGAAGAGAGGAAUUUAAGGAACUAAACAGAGGGUGCCUUAGUGAAAAUGUUAUUUGCAAAUUAAUUACAGAUGUUGAGGGUGUUCUAAAACUGGAAGAUGCCAAGAUUUACUCAGAUAAAGUGCCUGCUUCACGUUUUGAAUCAUUGCUCUCUAUUCUUGUUCAGAACUACAAAGAGGCUGAUGUGAAGUUAGGGUUAUCUAAAGAAGAGUUUGGAUCCAAGGCGUUGAAAUUAACUGAACUGAAGGAAGAAGUACAACAAUUAACAGCCUUGUGUCUUCAGCAUGAAACUGAAAUCUAUGUUCUCAAGGAAAGUCUGAAUCAGGUACAGGAAUCUCUAUUUGCUGCUGGUUCUGGACUACAAAAGAAAGCAAGUGAACUUGAGCAGUCAGAACAGCGUGUAUUAUCCAUCAGAGAAAAGCUCAGCAUUGCCGUUACUAAGGGGAAAGGUCUGGUCGUGCAGCGAGAUGGUCUCAAGCAAUCCCUAGCAGAGACGUCUAGUGAACUUGAGAGGUACUUGCAGGAACUUCAGUUGAAAGAUGCCAGGCUUCACGAGGUUGAAACAAAAUUGAAGACGUAUUCAGAGGCAGGUGAGCGUGUUGAAGCUCUUGAGUCUGAGCUUUCAUACAUUCGCAACUCGGCUACUGCACUUAGAGAGUCGUUUCUGCUCAAGGAUUCUGUACUUCAGAGGAUAGAAGAGAUCUUAGAAGACCUAGAUCUGCCCGAGCAGUUUCAUUCCAGAGAUAUUAUUGAAAAGGUUGAUUGGCUAGCGAGGUCAGCUACUGGUAACGUUUUGCCUCCUACUGAUUGGGAUCAGAAGAGUUCUGCAGGAGGAGGUUCAUAUUCUGAUGCUGGUUUUGUUGUGAUGGAACCCUGGAAAGAUGACGCACAGUCAAGUUCAAUGUCAGGUGAAGAUUUAAAAAGGAAAUAUGAGGAGCUUCAAAGCAAGUUUUAUGGUCUUGCUGAACAAAAUGACAUGCUGGAGCAAUCUUUAAUGGAGAGGAACAACUUGGUUCAGAAAUGGGAAGAACUUUUGGAUAGGAUUGAUAUGCCAUCACAGUUGCGUUCUGUGGAACCAGAAGAUAGGAUUCAGUGGUUAGGAAGAGCACUUUCAGAAGCACAUCAUGAUAGUAUGUAUCUCCAGCAGAAGGUUGUUAAUUUAGAAACCUAUUGUGGAACUCUGAAUACUGAUAUGGAAGACUUACAGAGAAGGAUAUAUGAACUCGAGUCAAACCUUGAAGCAAUUUCAAAAGAAAAAGGGUUUCUUUCUGAAAGAUUGGAUAUCCUUAGUCACGAAUAUGAUAAAGUUUCAUCAAAGGCGACCCAAUAUGAAGUCGAGAACAAAAGAUUGCAGGGUGAAGUGACAAGUUUUCAGGAGAAUCAUGAGGGCCUUUCAGCAAAGGUAGCUGAGGUUGAAUUUGAAAACAGAAGGCUGCAGAAUGAAGUAACUAAUUUGCAGGAGAAUGUGGCUGAGAUGCGUGGGAACGAGGAGUGCAUUCUUAGUAUAGAAGGUGAAAUAAGAAGAUUGCAGAGUUUAGUUAGUGAUGUUUUGCAGGAUCCUGGGAUGCAAGAUCAGGUUUCUUCUGGCAGCAGCAUUGAGAACUUAGAAGUGUUACUAAGAAAGCUGUUAGACAACUAUGCAAACUUUUCUUCAGAAAAAACUGUUCUUGAUCGUGCAGUUGAGGGGCUUCAGACAGAUGUGAUGAUGACUGAAGAAGCAAAAAGCAUAAGUAAACCUGAUGGUGGGGAAUCAGAUAUCGCUAUCUUGAAGAAAGAGCUUGAGGAAGCUUUGAGUGACUUGACCCAUGUAAAGGAUGAGAGAGAUGGGUACGUUGAGAAGCAACGCUCUUUGGCUUGUGAAAUUGAAGCUCUGGUAAAAAGAACGGAAGAGUUGGAAUUGCUUCUUAAUCAGGAGGAGCAGAAGUCAGCUUCUGUGAGAGAGAAGUUAAAUGUUGCUGUUAGAAAAGGGAAGUCAUUGGUGCAACAGCGUGACAGUCUGAAACAGACAAUUGAAGAGAUGAAUGCUCAACUGGAAAACUUGAAAGCUGAGAUUGACAUCCGGGGAAAUAGACUUUCGGAGUAUGAAAGGAAGUUCGGGGAGCUAUCCACUUAUCCAGAAAGGGUAAAAGUUCUAGAAUCUGAGAUUCUAUUCUUAAAGAAUCAUUUGACAGAAACUGAGCAGCACUUGCAGGAGACAGGACAUACUCUGAGCAUGAUUCUGAAUAUUUUAGCUGAGGUUGAUGUUGGAGAUGGAGUUAAUUAUGGUGACCCAAUCAAGAAAUUUGAGCAAAUUGUGAAAUUGUGGGGUGAUUUGCGUGCUGAUGUGGCUUUUUCAGUAGAAGAGUCGAGGAAAUCUAAAAGAGCAGCAGAGCUACUACUUGCAGAAUUGAAUGAAGUUCAAGAGAGAAAUGAUAGUCUUCAAGAAGAGCUAGCUAAUGCUGCUUCCGAACUUUCUGAACUCUCUAAAGAAAGGGACGUAGCAGAAGCUGCUAAACUUGAAGCUCUUUCACGUCUUGAAGAGUUCUAUAAUGUUCACUCUUUGGACCAGAGAAAUCAAUUAUCUGAACUUAAGGGUCUCAAAUCUGGUAUAGAUAAUCUCAGGAAGGAUUUCCAUGAUGUUGGUAAUCUACUUGCCGAUGUUUUUGUGAAGGACUUGGAAUUUUUACACCACCUAGAGACUGGUAUUGACAUGUGUUUGAAACGAACCAAUGCUACUGAUGUCGCUAGCGGGCCUCUUUUUGAUGCAUCUGUUGGCGUUGUAUCUAGCAGUUCCGAUAGAAAGGGACUAUUUUCUUCUAUUGAUUCUUGGUUAGACUCCAGUAUCCAUGGUGAGUUUGAUGGCGAUUCUGUAACUGAAAUCUGUAGUUCUCUCGGGAGUCAACUGCAAGAAGUCAUAAUUGAGGUUGGAGUUCUUAAAGAAAAGUUGAACAAGCACUCCAGUUCAUUACACGAAAAAGCCAGCAGUCUAUCUAAAUUAAUGGAAAAUGCUCAUAGGGAAAUAGUUUCCCAUAAUGAGACUUGUGAAGCGCUGAAGAGAGACAUUAUGCAUAUGGAGUCAACUGAAAAGGAAAAGGACAAAGAACUUGGUAUUUUGCAGAAAAAUAUUGCUUUGCUUUUUGAAGCAUUAUCCAGUUCUCUGAUGGAAAUAGAAAGUAUGAAACCUGAAUUGCUUGGAAAUAACUUGGCCACUGGAGAUUCGGGGAUAAACUCAAAACCAAGUCCAUUUGCAGGUGGAGGAAUAUCUUUUGGUGGAUCAGGUCAAGUGUCCUCUGAAGAAUCUAUUAGGACUUUGGCAGACAAGCUACUGUUUGCUGUCAGGGAUUUUGCUGGUAUAAAAGCUGAAAUCGUGGAAGGUAGACAAAAACAAAUGAAGAAUGCCAUCACAGAUUUGCAGAAAGAACUUCAGGAGAAGGAAAUUCAAAAGGAAAGAAUUUGCAUGGAGUUGGUAAGUCAAAUAAAGGCGGCUGAAGCUGCAGCGGCACGUUCUUCAUUAGAUCUUCAAUCUUCGAGAACUCAGGUGGUUGAUUUGGAGAAACAACUAGAGGUCAUGGGGGGUGAAAGAAACUUACUGGAACAGAGAGUAAAGGUGUUGGAGGAUGCGCAUGCAACCUCUACAGAGUUAGAACAGAAUGUCAGAUCACUUAAUGAUAUUAUGGCUGCCAAGGACCAAGAAAUCGAGGCCUUAAUGCAAGCACUUGAUGAGGAGGAGUCGCAGAUGGAAGGUCUUAUGAAAAAGAUAGAGGAACUGGAAAAAGUUUUGGAACAGAAAAAUUUAGAUUUGGAGAAUCUCGAAGCUUCUCGAGGGAAAGUUACAAAAAAGCUUUCCAUCACCGUGAGUAAGUUUGAUGAGCUUCAUCAAUUGUCUGCGAGUCUCCUUGCGGAGGUUGAAAAGCUUCAAUCACAGUUGCAAGAUCGGGAUGCCGAGAUUUCUUUCUUGCGACAGGAGGUCACUAGGUGCACAAAUGAUGCUCUUGUUGCAUCACAGAUGAGCAACAACAGAGAUUCAGAUGAUUUCCAUGAGUUCUUGACAUGGUUUGAUAUGAUGAUAAGUAAUGUUGGAACGAACAAUGUGCAUCCUGAUAUUAAGAACAAUGAUUGGGUUUAUGAACACAAGGAGUUACUUCAAAAGAAGAUAGAGUCUGUUUUAUCAGACUUGGUAGAUCUGCGGGAAGUGGCUCAAAGCAAGGAUACAUUGUUGCAAGUAGAAAGGAGUAAGGUGGACGAGUUGACACGCAAGGAAGAGAUUCUUGAGAGAUCUUUGCGUGACAAGGAAUCACGUUUAAACUUUCUUGAAGGUGUAGAAACUUCUGAAAUGGCAACUGGCGUAACCUCCGAAAUUAUGGAAGUUGAGCCCAUGAUAAACAAAUGGACAGUACCAAGUACUCCAGUUGCAUCUCAAGUCCGCAGUUUGCGUAAAGGCAAUAAUGAACAAGUUGCCAUUGCAAUAGAUAUGGAUCCUGGUAGUAGUACUAGGUUAGAAGACGAAGAUGAUGAUAAAGUUCACGGUUUCAAGUCGCUUACUACAUCAAGCAUUGUCCCAAAGUUUACAAGACCGGUCAGUGACAUGGUCGAUGGCCUCUGGGUUUCUUGCGAUCGGGCUUUGAUGCGGCAGCCUGCAUUUCGACUAGGAAUUAUUCUCUAUUGGGUUGUAUUGCAUGCACUUCUGGCAACCUUUGCAGUUUGAGAUGCCAAAUUUGGUCUGGAUCCGGUUCCAAUGUCAGAAGGGCAUGGAGUGUGGACCAUAGCAAUCUUCUUGUUUUUUUCACUGUUCCUAGAAGUUGUCCAAUUGAUUUAUUGUUCUGCCCAACCACGCAACUGGGGUUCCCAUUUUUUAUUUGUAUGAAUCUCAGAUUUGCUUGGUUGCAUCAAAUAAAAAGAGCAAGAGGUGCCGCCCUCACAAUACAGAUAUUAUAGAUUGUGCAAAGUCCAAUGAAAGGUUGUAUACCUUAUAGCUGCAAUUAUUUUACUGAUUCUUCUCUAAAAAUUUAGAGGCUGUUAGUUUAUACAAGCUCAAUUCAACCGGUUUUAUUAUAUUUUGUUUUGUACCAAUCACACAGAUCUGUCAUUUGUACCGGUUUAAUGA